GGCGGGUCACACACACAGGCACAGCAGACGACAGCCAUGGCGGCGGCAUAGGAGGAGACGUGCGAUACUUUUCCUCUCAUUUCCCUCUCCCCAAGACAACGACAGCCUCCAGACAGCCCUCCAAUGACCCCUCCUCCCCCCGCAGCCGCUACAGCAAGGACACAGGGCUUGGUGGACAUGUGCUGGAGCCUGUCAUGUCACUCCUUACCUUUGGGCCUCAACGCGUGAUUACAGGUGAAGAGAAAGGUCACACACCGUUGCAUCAUUUUCACACUUUCUACAAACAUUUUACGACUAAGUUCCCACUAUGCCGGGGAAGGUCAAGGUUCGUGUCCUGGCGGGGCGCAACCUGCCGGUGAUGGACAGGUCAUCAGACACAACAGACGCCUACGUGGAGGUGAAGCUGGGCCAGGUGACCUUCAAGACAGAAGUGUUCAGGAAGAGCCUCAACCCGCAGUGGAAUUCAGAGUGGUUCAGAUUUGAGGUGGAUGAUCAAGAGCUUCAGGAUGAGCCCCUCCAGAUCCGCCUCAUGGAUCACGACACUUACUCUGCCAACGAUGCCAUAGGGAAGGUUUACGUGGACUUGAAUCCCCUGCUCCUACCCCCUCCCUCCCACCCCUCCUCCCAGCGGCCCCAUGACCCCUCCCAGCCAGGAACAGCCGUCAUGUCUGGUUGGCUUCCUGUUUACGACACAAUGCAUGGUAUACGAGGAGAGGUCAAUAUUGUUGUCAAGGUGGACCUCUUCUCAGACUUCAACAGGUUCCGUCAGUCGUCGUGUGGAGUCCAGUUCUUCUUUACCCCAGAGAUCCCUGCCGGGCACCGCUGCCAGAACAUUGUGGGCUUCGUGGAGGAGUUAGUGGUGAAUGACGACCCUGAGUACCAGUGGAUAGACAAGAUCCGCACGCCACGGGCCAGCAACGAGGCCAGGCAGACCCUCUUCUCCAAGCUGUCGGGGGAGCUGCAGCGACGCAUCGGCCUGAAGGUGCUGGAGCUCGGAGGAAAUGCUGUGAUCAGCUACCGGCAGUAUUUUGACCUCGAGGGAGAGACAGGCAUUGUGGUGCGAGGGUUGGGGUCGGCGGUGACAUUAGUGAGGCUGCACUACGAUACUAGCGGCGGGGCGGGCACCACCCACUCACCCUCACCCCUGCGGGAACUCACCAACCAGAGGGAGGAAGAGGGUCUGGUGUUAGAGAACAUCUAUGCUGCCUCCUCCAGCCCCUCACAUCCUCUCAUGCCCAUUUCUGUCGUGCACCUCCCUGCUCACAAGCUCUCCACCACCUCUGCCCCCCCUUCCUGCCUUUGGUUUCCUGCCCACCCUAUCUACAACCUUCAUGUCAGCCAUAGUACCCCUUACCAUGGUGCUCCCCCACCCUCCCCAAACUCACCCUCCCAGUGGUUGGACCUCAUGGUCCCUGGUGGUGAAGGGCAUGAGGGACGGGAAGGGCGUGGUAGCCGUUGGGUGCUCCGUGGGCUCCCGUUAAGACCACUCAUGCCACUGACAAAGCGUAAGAGCCGCCCCUCAGCCUCCCUCACACAACACCCACCGGUGUUCAUGCAGCGCCAGGCCUCGAUGGCCCGGCCUCACCCCACUCAGGGCCUUCCCAAGGCACACAAGGCUCGGGCGCCUAAGACAAACCAACAUUGCCCUGCGUCCUCCUCCACCCACUGCAAGCCAGCCAACCACGACAGCCUGGAGUCUCUCAGGGCAGGGCUGCGUCGCACUGCCCAGCGCGUCAUGAGGCUGCGUGUCGGCCUGGAAAAGUCACAGAGCUUUGACACUGGCACUAGCCACUCCCGACCUGGCAGCUCCCAUAAGGGUCCCAAGAGUGUAGGGCGCCUCCUGAAGGGCCGCAGCCACUCCCGGAGGGUUGCAAGACAGGCCUGGUCUGGUCAGCAACAACAGAUCAGGGAGUCACUUACCUCCCCUGAUGGUGCAAUGGAGGAGUGGGACCUAGACUCCCCAGACAUAGUGGAGGUGGAGAGCCUGGAGGAGACCGAUUUGGGAGAUGAUGAGGAGGGUCCAGAGGUAACAAGCAUUGAGUACUCCUUCAAGGGGGUGUCUGCUGCCCACUCUGACCCUACUCUAAACAAGAGUGUCUUUGCCAAGCAGCAGUUGGCAGCAUCUAAAGCACGGCCCCCAGCCCCCAUAGAGCUGGUGUCCUCUGACGAAGAAGACUGCAGCUCAGGUCAGGCUUCUUCUGAUGGUAGUGUCCAUGAGGGCCAAGGUCCACCAGCCCGGGCUGCCUCCACCAGUGGAAAGCAGAAGUUUUACCUGAGUGAGGAGAGUCUGGAGAGCAUAACUUUCCAUGAAGGUGAGGAAGCACCCACACUGGACCUGCCAGUGGCUCCGUGCCGUGCCACCAGUGAUAGUCAGCUGGCAGCGGCAGAAGAAAACCCUGCUCCACUCCCACGGGUCAAGAGCCAUUCCUUUUCAGGCCAAGAUAAGUCAAGAACUUUCUCGAGAGCCAUCCAUGACCAAGAUGAUCUUCAUAUGAUAGAUGGAGGAGAGGCAGGAAGCCACACAGCUGGUAGAAAGGCACCACCUCUGCCCACCUUCCAAGAGCACCAAAACACUCCUGUCUCAGUGAACAGUGACGAAGGGAGCAAAGACAUUGAUGGAGGACACAGUGACCCUUCCAUGCCUCAAGGAAUGAAGGCAAUGAUCCUCCCCUUAGAUUUACUCCAUCCUAACAGUCCCUCACCUUCCUCCAAUCCCGAUUAUCCUUUCCUUCCAGCCAUUGCAGUCACUCCCUCCACUCCAGUCCUCACAGCAAGGUACCAUGCACUCCCCACCUCCCUGGAACAGGAAUGUGGGACUUCUGGAGGCCAGGGGGCUUACUCGUCCCUUCCGGAGAGGCUUGGGGAAGGCAGUGGUGGGACUGAUCUGACUCUUCCCAAGGCAGCAUCAUGCACCUCUUUCACAUCAGUAUCCUUCUCCUCCUCUACUUCCACCUUUCCUACAGGUGCCAGUACUAGUCUUCCUCCUCCUCCUCCCCCUCCUCCCCUCACCUUAUCUCUUCUUCCUCCCCCUCCUCCUCCUCCUCCACUUACCUUAUCUGUUCUUCCUUCUCUUCUUCCACCUUCUUUUCCUUUUAGUGUGAGCAUGGAAAAUCAGGAAGCACUUGAGUCUGCUUUAGAUGUAGUAGUGUGUGCUAAGUGUGCUCCUCCUCCUUCCCCCACCCCGCCCUCGCCUCGCCCCGCCUCUAGCCUAGACAUGCUUGCGGAGGUCCGGCCAGGCUCGGCACCCUCUGUUGGCUCUCCCAAGCGGCACUCAGCUCGUAGUCGUCACACUAGCGGCUGUUACCCCCCCUUCGUGUCCAGGAGUCCACUGCCCCCAGAGCCUGAUGCAACCCCAGCCCCCCCUGUCCCCCAGGCCAAUGGAGUGGUCGGGGGUGGGCCAGGGGGUGGAGGAACAGCGGUGAACUCUUCCCCAACACACUCUGGGAAGCUGGCCAGCCCGGCCCGCACGCCAGGGGUCUCCAUCAACAGGCGGUCAUCGGAGUCAGACCUCUCCAUCACACCCAAAGGAAGCAGCUUGGCAGGGAGUGGAGGCUCCUCAGGUGGGGGAGUAAUGGGGAAGGUAGGGGGAGGCACCUUGCCCACCCCCAACCACCGCCCCUUCAUGACGCAGGAGUCCUUUGACCUCCUUGAGUACCCAUUCCUCACCAUGAAGGCCUUCCCUUCAGGUUUCAUUCUUCACCUUGGGGGAACCGUCAGCGCCCGAUCCGUGAAGCUGCUGGACCGGCCGCACACCCCUGAGGAGGUGGAGACCCGAGACAACUGGUGGACGCAGCUCAGGAUGGAGAUUCGGUCCCACACGCGUGCCCUGGCCUGCAAUGUUGUGCUGGGCUACGAGGAGUUCACCACCAUCAGUGAUGAAGUGAUUGUGCUAAACGCCACUGGCACAGCUGCAGUGAUCAGCUUACGCUACUUGGACUCAGAUGGCGUUGGCGGCAUAUCUGGGCUGCCCAGAUCCCUCCGUGACCCCAUGACUCUCUCUCUUGACCGCAAAGAUUUUGAGCAACAACAACAGCAGCAACUCAUGCAGCAGGGAGGAGUACCCCAGCAGGCACCAGGGAAGGUUCAGGCUUGCAAGGAUGGACACACAGGCUCACAGACAUGCAUGAGCCGCAGUCACCCCUGUAUAGAGGACGGGGUGUGUGGUGAAGGGGGUGGCAGCAGCAGCAGCGGUCCCUCCCAGACCACCACCAACCCCACCACAGGCUGCCCCCAACACCCCACCACUGCUCCCUCCCUUCCUCCCCUCUGUGCCAUGUGCCACGUGCCAUACUCCGAGACGUCUCUUCCGUUCAGGGUCAAGAUCUCCAAGUGUGCCGUUUGCAGAAAAGGGAAAGUGCCAGAUGUACUCUUCACCACUUUGGAGCUCCCCACUGGUCUGCCUGUCACUGGCAUUGGUUGUCUCAUCCAGGCCAGAGUUGCCAGACCCAAGAAGGACCUCAAGGGGGAACUCAAUGCCAAGGAGAUAUCUGACUCACUGCCAUUCCUUGAGUAUGAGCUCCACAAACACCUCAUUAACAAGAUGAAGAUCAAAGGGAUGAAUGCACUCUUUGGGUUGCGGGUGCGUGUGACGGUGGGCGAGCGGCUCAUUGUUGGGGUGGCAACGGCGACGGCAGUGUUCCUGUCAGCCCUCCCGCCCCCUCCAGUGCCUCGAGUAACCUCAGGCGGGUCAGGGCAGGACGACGAGAGGCGGCGGGUGGAGGUGCAGAGACUUCUCCACGCCACCAUCGCCCGAAACAAGGAGUGCUACGGCCUCAAGCAUGUGCCCGCGGAGUUGGGACAUGAAGAAGCAGGCCAGUCAGACACCGAGGACUCUGAGGAUGACCUUCCUGAGAUUGACCUUUCAUCAGGGAACAAAGAUACAUCAGUCCUGGAGCUGGAUGACAUGGAAGAUGCAGAAAUGAUUGAUCUUUUGGUGGAGGGCAGUCCGCCGGUCCAUCUGGUGGCAGUGACGACCCAGCUUCCCCCAGGUGUGCCCACCGAAACAAUCGUCACCAACCUGCAGAUGUUUACACGUGUGUGGCGGGCGAAAGUGCCGGCCAUCCUCAGCCAUAAUGUAUUCAACCACUAUUUUGACAAGCUUCUUCAGAGUGUUUACUUCAAGGUGCGCAAACUCUCGCCGUGCAUCAUAUCAGGCCUGCAGGUGAACGUUGAGUUGCCAGAGGAGGACGAGAUACAAAUUAGUCUCUUCGGGAUGGUUCUGGGUCAGGGCGCACCGUCCCACGCCCCAGCCUUCCCCCAGGUCAACCCCACCCCAGCCCCAGCGGCCCCACUCUCCACUCACCCGGAAGUCCCGCAGAAGAAGGCUAAGCAAGCUCACCCAACAGAUGAUGGAGAGAUGAUCUUUAAGAUGGAGGAGGUUGUCCCGGCCUCUGAGGAAACCAGCAAACCAAAGACCAGCACCACCACCACCACCACAGCCUCGACCACCACACCCCCCACACAGCCCUCCACCACUACCACCACCACCAGGCCAGCCGUGGGGGGGGUUGCGGGGGCACUGUCCAUCACCCCAGUCUCCUCUUUCCACUCAAUCCCCUCCUCCACCUCCAUCAGCUCCACCACCUCCUCUGCGCGGUCUUCCCUUCGCUCCAGAAAUUACCCCAAGUACACGUAUUGUCAUUAUACCCCGAAAGAGAGGUAUGGUGUGGAGAUAACUCCCCUCUCCUACAUCCCCGGGGCGCGCAUAGAGUCUUACCUCGGCAACCUUAACUUCUUUUUCAUCCGAGAGUCAACGAGCAUCAAGGAGAGUGGUGGACUGAGUGGGUUCAUGGGGAGCUUUGUGACAGAGGUCUUGGCGCUGGUCCGGGCUCACGUGGCAGCUCUCGGGGGCAAUGCAAUGAUUGCCUACUUCAUGUCCGAGUGUGUCCUCCUCCACAACCCUUACAAAAAUCAGGGUCAGUGUCUCAUCAAUGUGGGAGGAGACGUGGUGCAGGUGCAAUACAAUGCUGCGGCUGUAGUGGCCGAUGUCCCUGCGGAGGAGUGAGUAGGCCAGGUGAGGACAGGCGGGGUGACGGUCAGUUCCUUACUAGUACUACGCUGUAACAUUCAUCUACCAAUGCAUACUAUGGCAGUGUUCACUUAUCCUCUGAAUUCCCUGUACUUUAUCUCAUUUAAUCGACAUAAAAGUGGCCAAAUUACCUUCCAAUAGUAUACUUUUUAUUGAGGCAAAAAUGCACUAGCCUGCAGAGGUGCAUUUUUCUAUGGAAAGUUUCCUGCCAGCUGAUUGACUGAAUAGAUGAUGUCUGAAUACAUCAUUUUAUUUAAAAUAAUUACCAGGUAGUGUCCACCAACACUUAUUUGCUAAGUUAAAUCUCUUCCUUUGAUAUAUAUUAGGUUUUUUAAAAUGAUAACGAGUAAAAAGAAUUUGAAGUAGUAAUGUGGUGGAAAGUGGCGAGUCUCACUUUGUUGGCAUCAGUCACGCAAGUCAGCAACACGAGCGUGUGUUUGGAUGCUGGCUUCUCCAAAUGUACUUUUUCAUGUGACAUUAGUUUCGUAAUUUCAGAUGUGGGAAAAUGCUUUUGUAUUAUUUGGUGUAAUGUGAUCUACUGAAUAGGUUCACUAAACAACCUACUGCUAAAAUGCAUACACUCAUGCUUUCAUCUAAGUCAUUUGAGUAAACUGUGUACUUAAAAAAAAAUCAUAAUUAUGUUUUAUUUGUUCACAGUGUAGCUUGUCUCAGUUUGUGAUAAAAUAGGUGGAAAUACACAUGAAGUAAAGUGCAUCAGAGCACAUGCUUGUGUUGCUGACUCUGCCAACUGAUGUCAACAUACUGAGGCAUCACUUUCCUGCACACUGUUCAUUAUCUCUGUUCCUUAUAAUUUUAAAGUGACGUUACAUAUAUUGGAGGGAGAGAUUCAAGUUAGUAGAUAAGUGUUGGUUUACAUUACCUGAUAAUUAUUUCAAAUAAAAUGACAUAUUCAGACAUGUAUAUUCAACCAAUCAGCUGGCAGGAAACUUUCCGUGGAAAAGGGGCACCUCCAUAAAAAAAUAGACUAGCAUGAGGUGUGGAGUAACAUUUUGCCUCCUUUUAUUGCUCACCUUUUCCCAAUAUAUGACAAAUUUUGAGACAUUGUGUUUAUAUAUUGGGAGGAGGAUUUGUAUAUAAUGAAGCUUUUAUAUUCUUAACUAAUAAAUCAGUAUGUUGUAUUUUGCAAUAUAUCUGUUCUUGAAAAUACCGGAGGUGUUACGAGUGAGCUCACCAUCUUGUAUUGAAUCCUCUGCUUGAGAGUUUAUGAAGUGUUUGGAUGAAUGACUUGAUAAUAUGUAAAUAAGAAAGGAAAAAAUGUCUGUCAAAUUUUUUUUUUAUAAAUUAGAGAAAAAGGGACUUUGGCUGUGUAUGUACAUAUUUGCAUAUAUAUGAGUGCAGAAAUUCAUGUGUGCAUUUGUAAAGUACAUGGUUAUGCUAAAAGUUAUAUCUAGAGUAUUUAUUAAUAUUAUAACUCAUACCAUUUUGAAUUGAAUGUUCCUGACAUCAGGAAUUGGCAACUCCAUCACCCACUUCAUUGUAUGGUGUAAGCAGCCCAUCAUGGUCCUACAAUGUAGGAGUCUUGGGGUGGAUGUGGCAGUCUAACUAUUGCCUAACUUUUUUUCCAAAAGGUCAAAAGUCAUAGACCUGGAUCCUGCGCUGUUCUGAGUCUGGUGUAACUAGACAGGAAUCGUGGCUGAACGGUUGGCUGUGUUGAAUGUGAAUUAAGGGUUGAAUUAUCUGGUUGUUUACCUUGUUGUAACAGAGAGGAAUGGAGCAGUGCUCAUGUUAUUUUCUCAUAUAUCUGCUAUUGUUGUGUGUGUGUGUGUGUGUAUGCAUUCAUGUGUGUGUGCAUGCAUUCGUGUGUGUGUGUGUGUGUGUGUGUGUGUAUUAUGGUACAUUUCAGGUGGGAACUCAUCCUCUAAAUGCAACUGUUUUUUUGUUUCCCAAGAUCAGGGCCAUGUCCACCUUUUAGGACAUGGAAAAUGUGUCAGUAACAUCAAUGAUAGUUUUUAUUAUUAUUAUACUUAUUGUAACCCAUAUUGUAAUCAUCAUUAUUGUUAUUGUUAUUAUUUUUGUUUAUUUAUAUUUAUCGAUGCUUUUUUUUUUUUUUUUUUUUUUUUUUUUUUUUUUCCUAAAGUGGAUGCUGUAAUAGAAUAUGGCUUCACAAAAAUUGUUCAAUUAUAUAAGGAAAUUUUAGAGAUGCUGAGCUUUUGACUUCAGACCAUUCUGAGGAUUUGUUUACCAUGGCUAGUCGUAUGGUGAUGGUAUUGAUGUGUGCCACCAGCAAACAUUACGUCCUGCAUCUGUACUUAGGAAUCACGCAUCAAUGCCCUUGGAUCUUAGUAGUGGUUAAGUCUUUGAUCAGAGCUGAUGAGGGAAACACAUGAGAUUAGGGAACUGAUCUGAGACUAUAAACAGUUCAUGAUAUUUAUUAAUGUUUUGACCACAUGGUACAUCAUCAUAUGCAGAUAACUAGUGAAGCAAAGGUUUAUUGUUGACAUAUACACAAGGUGCUUAUUCAUGAUGUAUGCAUGUAGAUAUAAUUUAAAGAGAAGGAGGUGAUUUUGUGCAAUAAUUUUUACCUCACAAAUUUGACUGUGAAAUUUUCCCCCCUACAUAUCUCAUUACAUUUUAUUAAUUCAUUUAUUCAUCUAUUUAUUUGCUUGUUUACCUGUUUGUUUAAUUUAGGUACAGCUGUUGCCAUAUUUUCUUGUACCUUUUUAGUAUGUUAUUAGGUUCUGCAAGAUCUGAUAGCAUAAUAUUUUCUGGAUGCAGGUUUCAGUGUUGAUCUUUUAUUAUUUAAACACCACUUUUUUAAACAUGGAAUUUUACAAAAAUCAUACAACAAGUAUUAACACAUUUUCUUCCAUUUUAUCAGUAUAUUUUAAAGCUCUGAAAAGACAGUUUGCAAUUUUUUUAGCCGAUGAGCUGCCACGUUUUUGUUGUGCUAUGUAGCCGUAAAAUUUCUUGGGUCAUACAUUUAGUUAGCGCACUUCCUUUAGGUUAUGGUAUUCUGACCCUGGUAUACAUAUCUUAGGACUGCAGGUGUUACAGCAUUCCUUUCCCAAGAGUUGGCCUUUUACGUUAUCUUAGUUGGAGGGGGUGGAACGUUUCUUUCUUGAGGGAGAGAAAAGCUCUGACCUAACUUUGCAUUUGCUUCUUCUUAAGGGCUUCAUUCAGACCUUUCCCCUUAUUAUCUUGCAAGUAAGCUUAGCAAACUCACUAUUGCACCUGAAAGCAUCGAAUUAAUUUCAGGAGGUAUUAUGGUUUAGUGUUUAAGCAAUACACAUACCUCUAGGUUGUAUUUGUGUUAGUGUGUUGUUGUUUUGUGGUGUUCAUUGUGCACCAAACCCCUCGGGUGCUUGUGUUUCGUGGUAUGUGUUGACAAAAAGAGGUUCAGGUUCUGGUGUCAAAAAUGUGUUUCGUCCACCUGUGUUAUCCAGAGAUAUUAGGUUGAUUUUACAAUUACAUGUCCAUGUCUUGUGUUGAUGGUACCCUUAUGUCUGUGUCUAACGUUGUCCUCGUGGUAUGCUAAGUCACUUGAGUCUGGGAUUAAACAUAAAGAAUCAGAUCAGUAAUGUGAGUAAUGCAUUUAUGUUAUUGCUUUCAUUCACAGCCAUGUUUGCAAUUCACGUCCAAUAUUUUCCAUACAUUACAAGCACUUAAGUUCCAUCUAUGGCAAUAAUAUUUGUUGCUGUUCAUGUACUAAAUGCUUCAGCCAUUCAAUUAUGUGAUUUUAGCUCUGUUGUCUAGUACUUACAUUACAGUGUACAAAGCCAAUACAGCCGGCCUCUUGGGAGUGUUAGUUGUAUAGGAACAAAUAAUGUUGGCAUGGUCAAUAGUAUUAUGCAAUAUUUCUACAUUAUCGUUAUUUAAAAUGGGAAUAAAAUUUGUGACAAAGUA